AUUUUUUGGUGCGGCUUACGUUUCGUCCUUCUGCCAUCCCGUCGUGCGUCCGCGUCGCCGGCUAAACUUGCAAACCUCCAUCCCUCCGUGAUACCCUCCCCUUUCCUAUCUUCACCGUGAGCAGACCCGCGAUCCCCUUCCCCUUUCCAACGCGAGCACACACCAAAGACCCCCGAUCCCCUUCGCUUGGCUCCGUGAUCCGCAGCGCCUCGCCUGCGACCGUGAACCGCAUCGGCACCGCCUCGCCUGCCGCCGUGAUCGAUCGGCAAGGCCUUCCGCCAAACACAGCAGAGUCGAUCCGCAAGCGCAGUCGAUCGGCAAGACCUUCUGCCAAGCACAGCAGAGUCGAUCUACGAGCAGUCGAUCCGCGAGCAGAGACCGGAGCCGCCGGCCGCUACUCGCCGGUCGCAGUCUGCCGCGAGACUGGCUGCCGUACGCUGCGAGACCGGCCGCUGAGCGCCGGUCGCCGUCCGACGAGCAGUUGAUCCGCGAGCAGAGACCGGAGCCACCGUCCGCCGCGAGACUGGCCGCUGCUCACCAGUCGCAGUCUGCCGCAAGACUGGCCGCCGUACGCCGCGAGACCGACCGCUGCGCGCCGUCCUCAAGCUCCGUCCGUGCGAGACAAGCUGCAAUCCGCCGCGAACCCGACCUCACCCUCGAGACCUAACGCCUGGUGGUGUCUCCCCUGUAGGUGCAUCUCUCCUCCUCUACCACUGGUGUGUGCCCCUGUGAUCUAAUCCACCCAAAUAGAAACGUGUGGAGCAUAGGAGAAGGACCUGCGGCCAGCAACCUGUCUGCAAGAUCGUCAUCAUCACCGACCGUCGCCGGUGUUGCCUUCCCCAAGUUUUGGGUCUUCUUUCAGCUUAGCAUGGAAUAUAUAUUUGCUGCAGAACAUGAACAGCUACGUAUCAUGUGUUUGAUGGAAUGCCCAGACAGGUUCAUUGCUUCUAAAUUUCAUGCAUACUUCAUUAUUAAUAAUAUAUCAAUAUUGUGCCUUUGGUAUUAUGCUAUAGGAGUAAAAAAUUGAAUUUCUAUUUUGUAUUGUUCACGUUAUGUGAGCUGAUAUUGAAAUUAACUGGCUUAGAUUUCAACACUUUGAUUCAGUUAACAAAUUAAAGAUACAUGUAAUAGGGUGUCCUUGGAUUGCCAAAUAAUUUUAAUUCUUGUUCCUUAAAAGUAUUGGCUACUAAGGGCCUGUUUGGUUCCCUUGCUAAAUUUUAGCUAGCUAAAAUUAUUUUAGUUACUCUUGGAUGACUAAUGGAACUAAACUAUUUUAGCUCCUUUUAGUCAAUGUGUUUGGAACUUUAGCUACUAAAGUGACUAAAGUUUAACUAGCUAAAAUUUAGUUGGUGGAACCAAACAGGGCCUAAGUGUAAUUCAUAUUCGAGAGAACGUCAAUGUAUUGAAAUGGAAAUUUAUGGAUAAAAAACUCUGGUACAUGUUAAAAUAAGUAUAAAAAAUCAUAUGGAUUGUUCUGUUAUCGUGUUUCUAAAUAUUUUGAUAUGGCCUUAUCAUUUGUGCUCAUCAAUGAUUGCCUUUUCAAGAACCACAAUCAGCAUGCAGGUUACCAUGGUAUUUGCCUGAUCAUCUUCCAACUGUAGCUCAUCAUCCAAAUUUAAUCAGUGGACGUUGCCUCAUUUGGACAAAUAUAUGAUAAGACAACUAAAGAGGAUGAUGACCUGGAUUUGGUGGCUGGAUUCAUAAACUUUUACUGUUCAUGACCCUAACUGAUAUUGUCGUUAGUGCACAAGCAAUUAGAUCUCCUUGCUGCCUGCAAUUUGCAGUGUCAGAGUUACUGUAGUUAAAGCAUUCCCUUGGUAUAACCAUGUUUCUGUUGCUUGUUGUAGUUUCAGAGUUACUAUAACUAAGUGGGCUGCACAAACACCAUGUGCUUGACAUAUUCAUUCUCCAAUCUCUUAAGCAUGCUCUAUGAUCUUGGGAUUGGAACCUUGGGAUCUAUUGUAACAGAUCUUCCUCUGAUCCUUGUACAUGAGACUGCAAAUUUUUCUUAAAAGAGGGUUUGCAAUUUAGAGAUUAUUAAUUUUACUACAAACUUAUGAGCACCAUAACCAUAUAGGAGUAGAAAAAUGUUGACUGUUUUUUUCAGUGCCAUUCUGUGCUCGAAUGUUUUCUAAUAAGCACUCUUGUGCAUGAUUUUUUUUAAGAAUUUGCUUGAAUGUUUUCUGACAAAGUACUCAGGUUCAGGAUUCUAUAUCUAUAAAGAUUUAUUGGUACAUACUCUGAAGUUAUUGGAAAAUGACAUACCUUGAUUUAUCACAUACCUUGAUUUGAGAGAAGGUAGGAAAUGCAACUUUUCAUUUGCUGUUAGCACAUACCUUGAUUUAUCAGACACAUGAUUAGCUUCUGAGCUGCCUUAGACAAAUGCAGUUCUUGCAAUUCUACAAGUUUUACAUUUAGCAGAAGUGAAAUAAUGUUGUGACAUCAGUGACACAUAGAUGAAAGAAUUAAGCAUGUAUUAUUUCUUUUCUCUUUUAAAGACAAGAUAAUGGAAUCAUGUGCUGUUGAGCAGAGCAGGUGGUGUUUGGAAUCAUUUUCCACAUGGCAGGAUGUCUUCUACUUGUCUUCACAUGGCUAGAGAUCUAGGUAAAAGAGACUUCACACGUAAAAAUAACUUCGGUCAAGGUAAGCACCACUCGAUAAUAGUUAUGCUCUUACAUAUAAUUUCUAUUCUCCAUACAAACUUGUUUUCAUAGCUUCAUUUGAGCCUUUUUCAAUUACUACCUCAUAUAAAAAGUAAUCAUUUUAUCUAUGAUUUUUACAUGGAUGUGAAAAAUAAAAUCUAAGUUAUAGAGUUCUAUGGGCUAUGCAUAUGCCAUCAAGUGAAUCAAGAGGUAUUUAGAAUUAUAGGUUAUACUGACAAAGGUCUUCCUAUAUUGUCAUCAUUACUUCGAGGUAUGAAGAAAAAUUCUUAUGAUUUCGUUUGUAGUGUUAAUUUUAAUUUGGCUUGUGCAAAUAGUAUUUUUUGCAGUGAUCAUGAACAUUUCACAUUUGUAACAUAAUUUUUGUUGCUAUGCCGAAUUUUUCACAGGAUGCAUUUUCUGAGAAUAAUUUUCCCCAAUAAUGCUUAUGGAUGUUGUUGGGAUGGAUGAAUGUGCCAUGGGAACAUGGCCUUAACAUACAAGUUUUUAAUCAUGAUGCUUCCCUUGAUGUAUUACUACAGUUCAUUAGUGACAGUGAAUGUGCAUUUACAGUGUAGAAGCCUCCAACUUAUUAAAGAGUGUUUGGAUCAGGGGCUAAUAACUAAUAUUACUCUAAAACCAGUACCAGUAUUUGAUGUCUUGUCCUGUACUGAAGCUAUAAUAAUGGUGCUCCACUUGCGUGAACUAUUGCUAAACCCCACUCUUGAUGUUCAGUUAACUUGUCACGAUUACAAGAGGUAAUGUGACUGCUGCAAGAUAUCAUGCGUGUCUGCUCUGCUCUUCCUUUCUUUUAUUUCCCCUGAGGGUUGAACCCUGAGAAGGGUCUCCGUUCCAUGCUCAACGGGAAUAGGGAUAGGAAUACAAAAUUCAUGAAAUCAUGCCGCAGUAGGAGAACGGGAAUAGGGACACGAAUACAAGAUCCAUGAAAUUAUGGUGCAGUAGGACAACGGGAACAGGCAAAUGAAUUCGGGAUGGCUAGACGGAGACAAGGAAUACGGGACGAGACUGGACAUAGUGCAUGGUGCUCGCUAAUCUCCUCUGGCUUCCAUGUCUUGGAUGGUUGAAUUUUUUCCUACCAUAUAUAGGAACUGAUUUCAUAUUCUUUUUCGUUAUUCAUCCAUUAUAGAAAAAAUAUGUUUGAUAGACACGUGCAUGACAAUGACCAUGUGACACCGCCCUCUCUGUGACUAAAUGUCACUUUAACGUUGAUGUUUAAUUUCACGGUAUUGUUAUCUUAUCGUGCGAUCUAUGUGUUUUUAGUGUAAAAGUUUUGAUGUCCUGUAGCAACGCACGAGCACGCUACCUAGUAAAAAGAUUAAAAAUAAAACUUUUUCAUAGUGCGACAUUGGAACGUCGUCUCGUGGCUCCGCUGGAGCAUGCGAUCCCGCAAUCCACGGCUCCUGGCUUCCCUCAAAAUGCCACCCACAGAGCCCCACGCGACAUGGGAUGAGACUCAAAUGCCAUCAAACAACUCGAAAAAAAAUCCCGUUGAAGCCAGGACCCGACUGCCUCCAUCCCCGCUGCAGUGCCUUCUCUUCCCUCCCCUUCCCUCCCGAGACACCACCAAUGACGGCGGUGACGAUCCCCACCGUCAUAUCAAUCCCCACCGCCCCUGCAUCAAGGACGAGUCACGCGGCGAGGAUCCCCGCCGCCAAUCGUGGUUGGCAGGCCAGGCAGCAGCGGAAUCUGACAGGGCGCACGGCACUCCCCGAUUCGAUCGACCGCAUGACAAACCCAGCCCGCCGCCAUCUUGGUCUCCGAGGCUGCGCUCUCCCUCGCCGGGCUAGGACGCCAUGAUCGCUCAAGCCUCGAGGCAGGCGGUGUGAGGCCAAGGGUGGUGGCACCUCACCAGCAAGCGCCACCUCCUCCCGCAGAUCCUCGACAUCUUCAACUCCUACGCCCGUAAACCUGCCACCCCUGGCCUCCUUGUUUCUCUGUCCAUCACUAGGGCUUGCGUCGCUUAGGGUGCACGGCAUGGAUUGAUCUGCUCUCCCCAGUCAUGCCGAUCCGUGGUAGAAUCUUACAAUGCUACACUCUCGGAUCAUCAACUUGUUGACAAUGUUGAUGAAUAUAUGGUCUUCCUAUGAUUAACUUUGCAUUGCUACCUUGUUUAGUUCUUAAUAACCCAACUUCACUAUUUUUUAUGCAUCCUAUUUAGUUUGGGUUUUUCUUUAUGUAUCAACACCUAGGUUAGUACCUAAGGUCAGAACAUGAAUACAAUGGAAGGUGGAACAAAUACAUGUUACAGAUACAUGUGUACUCCACGGGUUGCUAUUUACUUAUUUAUUUAAUACCACAAUACGUGUGUACAAGUGAAUGGGAAUAUUGAUAUCGAUUUUGGUUUAGAAUAUUGGUUUAGUAGAACAAUUGUCUUUAAACAUUCAAAACCUGAAAGAGGUGUAGAUGGGCUUCAGAAGUUUUGAUAUUUGGGAAAUUUACAGACCAAGCAUGAAAAUCAGACUAAUUUCUUUAGUAACAAGUUAACACAUCUGGUUGUGGUACAUGCAAUUGUUGUUAUUUCCUUUGCAUGUUGUAUUUCUUGGUGGUGUUUUUUGCUCGAUUUGUGUGUUGCUCCUCUUCAGUGGGGUAAUAUUAUUUCCCUUAUGAUAUACUUUUGCUUGCAAAGUAGAGUCUGACAUUAUGCUUUGAUUCUACAGAUAUUUCUGAGAAUUGCAUAACUGCAUAAUCUUAACAGGAAGUUCCAUUUUGGGGUAUCACCACAAGUUAUUUGCAAGAGGGGUUCAGUCGAAGAACUUAGGUUAUACUUCGACAAAGAAUAGAAGGUGAGUUCAACUUGUUUUUUCCCUUGAACAACUCCCAGCAAUUUGUUGCUAUGAAAUAUUAUGGCCAUGAGUAGAACCAAUCACUGUUGUGCACACAAGUUACCACCAAAGCAGAUAUGUUAAUAUUGUUAUUCCUACAAGACUGAUAUUUCGUUUGCUAAAAGUUGGAUGGUUCUAAAAAUUUUUAUGUCCAAUUUAUAUGUGCUGAACGACCCUCUAGGCGAUGAUAAAUUAUAAAUAUGAUUCAUGAAACCUAUUUAAAUGACUAUAAUUAAGUUAUAUUGGCUUCACAAAGUUUGGUUAUCUCCUACAACUAAAAAGAAAAAAAGCAAGACUAUCGUUUUGUGCGACAAAUGUAGCUCCAUCGGUCUGCUUCACCCCCUGCGACCUCCGUGAUUCUACCGCACCCCAGCCAGGUACCACGUCCAGAGAACCAGGUACGUUGUGUCAUGCACCUUGUUCGCCACCGCUGUAGCCUGAACCCUGCCCCAGCCAGGCAGACCAUAACAGGCAUUACCUCAUUGGCCAGCAGCUCAUAACAGCCUGGACUUGGACAAGGAUUUAUUUUUCUUCACUCUAUAUGGUCUGUCAUAGUGUAGUGUACAUGGUCUGACAAUAAGGAAUAUAAUUAUUUGCUAGGAUGGAUGCCGAGUUGUUUACAUGUGUGCAGGCUGUCUGUUUUCUGGUUAUGACAAGGCUUGGAUGCAGACAUGUGUUCUUUUGGUGGCUUUCUUGAGGUGUUGGAUUGAUAAAAUAUGAUUUUGAGGUGUCUUCAUGCAUCAACCAAUCCCUAAAUUUCCAAUUGCUAAUAAGAAACAAAACACCUAAAUACAGAUCAUGCGUUGGAUCCAAAAUACUUGUUCAUACUUGCGUCCAAGCCUUUGGCCUGUGGUUUAAUCACUCUAUAAUUUGGUGAUUUAAUAUAUGCAAAAUAUAUUCUGCUGCCACUGCUUUUCAUAAGGUAUUCCCCAUCUCCAAUUAAAUGGAUGUACGAGUUGCACAAACUUCUUGGAUAGACAGGAAAUAGAAGAACAACACUAAAAAAUUUUGUCUGAAACCUUCUCUAAACCUGUCACUUGCCUUGCUAUCAUGAUGAGAUUUGUAUUGGAAGUUAUAUAUUUGUUUCUUCAGAUGCAGUAAGUAUGUUUUCAAGUAAGUUAGUGUCGUUGUUUUUUACAAGUUGGCUUGUCGUUGUUUUUUACAAGUUGGCUUGGAAGAACUUUCUGGCUACAUUUUGGGCACUCUGUAAUUUUGUGCCACCAUCAUUGUCCUACUUAGUAAUUUCUGACGUUAGAGACCAUGGUCAAAAUUUGACUUGUGAUCUGCUAGGUUAUAGACCACAUUCAGAAAUUCAAGGAUCUGAGAUUUCAGAAAAGAAAUUAAAGGAUGUGCAGGACUUCUGAUCCUCUGUGCCAUUAUCUGAGAAUUCUUAUGUGAUUAUCUGAGAAUAUAGUUAUAAAGUUAUAAUGAUUCUUGUGAUCUGCUAUUAUCAAGUCUACUUAUAGGCCAGCUGAAAAGAAUUGUAGUUGCUUUUGACCCAGUCAUGCUGGGAUCUAAAUUUUUUUCUUAAUAGUUACUAAAAAUGACUGAAGCUAAGUGCUAAUAAAUCAUUUUAUUCAAAUUGCUUAGUUGAGAAAAACUUUACUUACAGAAAUCUCUGAAGCUGGGUAUUUGUGAUUUUAGUGAUCCUUUCAAACCAUCAUAUACUUUAUCUUAAUAACUGAAGUCAAACCGUGUUGCAGCUUCUUCGAACCGGACACCAACAGUAAGGAGCUACAACAUCGACAAAUCAUUCUUAUGACUCCGAAGGUUAUCUCUGGUUUUAAAUUCAAAUUCACAUAUAUCUUAUCCCCUAAUUUAAUUACUUUUUAAGAAACAAAUGGAUUUAAAAAUAUGGCAGCAGACAAAAGACAUUGCUAAAAGAAAUUUUAUAUGGACAAUCACACAUGGUUCAGAUUAAUCAGCAUGGCCUUUUUUUGUUACUUCACAUUGAUCUAUGCAAUAGUGAUGGAUGCAGCAGGUUCAUUUUUUUAUGUUUACCAUGCUUGUAGACCUCAGAUAGUGUUUUGUUUAUGUUCUUUCUAUAUUCUUGUCUUUACUAGCUUUUGUCCUUUGUCCAUAGCUGGUCCUUCUGUUCGUUGGCACCCAGGAGCAGUAGUAAACUUCAUUUGCUUCAUGCAUGAUACGACACCUGUGCUUUUGCUGAUAAUGAGGCAAUGGAUUGUGACAUGGAGUACUAAUGGUGUUUAUUUCGUUUUUAUCUUUUCAAGCAAUUCUCUCCUAACUAGAUGGCUACUUUAGUAUUGUUUCAGACUAAAUUAAAUUUGAAUAAUAGCAACUAUCUGUUAGUCUUGGCUAGACAGGGCACACGUUUCUCUAUAGCGGAACUCACCAUGUUUGAUGGAUGUAUUUGUUUUCCCUUGAGUGAAUUAUAAAUUUAGAUGUCUUAACUAUUAUCUGAACUUUUGGAACCUGGACAUGUGCCGAGGGUGAGAUUGCUGCCCUGAACUGCUAUCUAGAAUAAGCAGAAUGCAAUAGUUUCUACAAUAAGCAAUUUGUGAUUGAAUUGAUCAUCAUUCUGUUUUAGCCUUUUAUUUCAGUCUGAAUGCCAAAAAUCUGAAAUUGACUCUUCUUCCUUGUUGUUUCAGCCUUUUAUUUCAGUCGACUUUAAUUAUUUGCUGGUUUCAGUGAUCUACCACAACGUUGGAGACGACCCGAGGGGCAAUUCAGGUUUUGCCUUUCUCCACUGUUCAUGAUGCGGCAAUGAAUAUAUAGCUCUUACUCUCUUUUUUUGUUUGGUUCAUUUUAUGUGUUCAAUAAUUCAUAAUAACUUUGAGAUGGCAUUUGCGAUAAAUUUAUAGCUUUAGCGACUUCAGUGAGGGUGUGUAUCAAAGCUUGCUUUUAAGCACAAUUCCUGUUUGGACGUUCCCUGUAGUUUUCAGGUUGCUUCUUCAGCUUUCUUUUUUUUUUUGUUGAGGGCUCCAUUUUGUUCUCACAUAAUAAACUAACCAAGUCCAGUUAGGACACAUGUAAUGCUAUGCAAGUAUAUAUUUUUUGUGGUAGCAGAUACAUGCAAGACUGAGACCAAUAUCUUCAGAUAAAAAAUAUACAAAAUUGAUUUUGUCGGAUGGUGAACAGUGAAAGACAAAAGCAUUGAUCAUCUAGCGCAAAAUUUACUUGUACCAUUUCUUUUUUUUGGUUCAGCAGAACUGACAGACCAUGAUAGAUGAUCAACGGAUGCCCACUUAUUAUGAACCCUAUUGUGGUAUUUUUUUUCUUACUCUUUGUAACACCCUAAAAAUUGCUCCUUUCAAAAAUAGAUGAAAACUGAUUUAGUUUUGUAUUUGAGUGCUCAUGAAAAUAUAAAUAAAUUUGCUCCUUGUUCGGCACGUCUUUAUCUUUUUCUACAAUCUAAUUCCUUAUUUCUUAGCUUAUGCUUUCAUUUAGAGUUUCUCAAAAUAUUUUCUUUGUAAUUGUAACCCAAAUCACUCCUUUCAGUUCUCCAUCCAUGAAUCUAUCUCUAAAAGGUUACUUAGAAUUAUUUCACUAUUUUUUUUACGAAACUUGUUUUCACUUUUCUGUGAGCAUAAUGUAAUUUUUAGAUGCUCCAAAUUUUCUUCGUAUGAGCUCCAAAUACUUUAUUUGGGUUCCUCAUAUUUCAUAAUGUCUCUAAGAUUUUUCCCUGAAUUUUCAGAGCUUUCGGAAUAUUUUUGGUGGCUUGAAUAAUAAUUCUAGACUUCUCUGGAAUUAUUUUAUCCAUUAAAUUAAUUAAUCUCGAAAAUAAUAAAAAUAUCUCUUUUAAGUGCUGGACGUCCAUGUAAAAUAAUUCUCAUAAAUCUUAACGAACCAGACACAAGAUUGAGAAAGAAAAUAGUUAGGGUUUUAUUCUUUGUCAGGCUGCCGCCGCAGUCUUCAACGAAUUCAUCUGCUGCCGCCGAGAUCAACUUUCUAGUCGGCGUGUUGAUUAUGCUAUUAGCUGGACCGAUCUAUUUCGGUAUUAUCUGAGUUCGAGUUGAAAGCAUUUGUUUCAAUCUAGGUCGCCGUCGCCCCUUGCUUUUCUCAGGGCGAGCCGUGGGCCGCAUCGCCUUGCUGCCCACACUUGGGCCGAGGACCAUGUGCUGCUGCACCAGCCGGCCGGCCAGAGCCCCUCCGUCCUUUGCCGAGCCGCGACAGCUCGUCUUGGUGGCACCAGCAGAACAACGCAACAAACUUGGAGGCCAAUUCCUUUAUGUCUGGUAUACCAACUCAUCUCCAUUGCUGACGCCAAGGCCCAUUCAUCAUCAGCUUAUCAAGGUUGAUUAAAGACUCCUCCAGAUUGAUCGCACCUCUCAAUUUGUAGCAUCCGUGGCUUUUUGGUGCGUGAACACGUGGUCUUUGGUUGUUUUGCAUAAAACCCCUUCACGUUUUAGAAAACCAACCCGCAAUCCAUCUAGCCAGAGUGAACAGUACACGCGUUCACAUAUUUUAUAUAUAGACCCUUUAUGUAAAAAUUAUUUCAAUGUCAAGAAGAAAAAUUUGAGAUCAUUGUGAUUUUUACAAAAACUACCCCGCAUCAUUUUAUGGAGGACCCCCCACUCCCAUCACCAGCCCUGGCUAUCCGAUCUCGCCCUCAUUCUCUUCUCUCCGUUCUCUCUCCCUUCUCGACACCGCCGCUGCCGCCGCUACCCGAUCUCGUCACUCGCGGCCUGAUGACAUGAGGUAUGCAUGAUUGCAAGAUCCCGACGUUCCUGCCUUCCAGCUGCGGCACAUGUUUGGGAUGUGUUGUCUGCUGCUAUCGUGUGGCCAACCCUGCUCCCAGAUUUGCCCCAUCCGCUUAGAGGCCAAAGUCGGGGAGCUCUCUUAGAUCCUGGCUACGACCGAGUGAGGGCAUGACUACAACUGAUGGACUUUGGCAAUGUGCCGAUCCAGCGACCUCUACGGUGGCAGCACGUGAGGGAGGCAUAACACGGCAAGCAGGCGAGGGCCAUGGGACAAGGCAGCCCGGAAGCAGAGGCGGUAAGUGCUCCUUCUCCUAGACAUAUCAAGGACCAGUGCUUGGGAUCUCUUCUGCAUGUUGCUGCAUCUACACCACAGCCUCAAUGUCUCCCUGGUAGUGUCUGUACUAUUAUUUAGUCUAAUGCAAGAGAAGGCCAUUCGAGAGCAUGCAGGGAAGGUGCUUGAGGAAAGGCCACUGCUGGUUGCGUCAGUGGGUAGUUAGGCUAAGCGCAGGUUCUUCGUUUCUAUCAAACUGUUCGCAUCCAAAGGUCUGAAUUCUGGGCAAUUUAAAUAUUUGCCCCUCUUACGGAUGGCUCCUCUUCACUUGUCCUUCUUAUAAGUGCAAUUAAAGAUUUGCCCCAGGUAUCUCUUUAGUCCUCCUACAGAUUUACUUAUUUUAGCUAUGUGGCACUCCAACUCAUCAUGUCAGCUUGGAUCGGUUACAUGAAAAGACCGUAUUACCCCUCCCCUUAUCUGAGAAAAAAAGCACCCCGCGGCGCGUGUCAGCAGCCAUGGGGGAAGACCUCGUCACCACCCUGUCCAUGGAGAACGGCGGCGGCGGCCACCAUGGCCCCUGCACGCUCCUCUCCAUGGACCUGUCGGGCCACCUCUCCGCGCCGGACGACCGCGCCGUCGGAGUCAUGGUGCAGGCCCUCAUCGGAGGCGCCAUCGGCGUCGGCCCCCGCGCCCACGCCAUGUCGCCCUCCGGCGCACCUCCCCCCGACAUCAACCAGCCCUGGCAGAAGGACCUCUACGACAUGCUGGACGUCGGCCUCGGCCCGCAGGUCUACUGCGCCGAGGCCGAGCUCAGCUGCGCUCCCAAGGCCGGGAGCCGGAAGGCCGCCAAGCGCGGGGACACCAUCUGGGGCGCUUGGUUCUUCUUCACCUUCUUUUUGAAGCCCCUUCUGUCCGACAACUGCAAGGACAAGGUCGUCCGGGACAACAGCAGCAUCUCCGGGUUUGACAAGUCGGACCUCCUCCUUGACAUGUUCCUGGUGCUUCCCACAAGCAGCAGCUAGCACGCUGCACACGGGCGAGCAGAAGCAGCAAGCGCCGAGCGGCCGGUGGAGGGGCCCAUGUGGCUGGCGGCACGCAGCCUGCGUGGAGCUCGCCAUGGACGGCACAUGGAGCCCACGCGCUCUCAGCCGGCAUGCUGCUGCUGCGGCUGCUCGGCCAUGUGCUAGGUGUUGCUGCUCGCCAUGGACAGCGACUGAUGCUGCUCACGCCAAGGAGAGAGGAGGAAGAAGAAGAUGACAUGUGGGGCCUGCGUGUCGGUGAGAGGGGAGAGGGGCAACAUGGUCUUUUUCCAUAGCUGAUCCAAGCUGGCAUGAUGAGUUGGACUGCCAUGUAGCUAAAAUAGGCAAAUCUAUAGGACUGAGGAGAUACCUGGGGCAAAUCUUUAAUUGCACUUAUAAGA